GAUGUAUCACUGGAAUGUAUGCUGGAUUUCAUCAGUAUCAAUGUAAUGAGGAUCACCCAAUCUCCCGAGUACGCUGUCAGCAACAUCAUCCAGGAAAAUGUUUCCUAUGUACUAACCCAGGUUGGAAGUUGUGCCAACAAGUACCAGCUGUUUCAGAAGCUGACCGCUAGAAACCUCCAAUCCAUUGCAAUCCGGCAGGUCGGGACCAAGCUAGUGCGGGUGUUUAGUGCAUCAGGUAGUGAGAGCAUAGAGAUAGUUUGUCAAAAUUCAAAUAAUACAAUGUAUUUUGGAAAAAAUACUGAAUGCAAAGAGGAUGAGGAAUUUGUAAAUAAGAUGCAUGAACCAGAUAAUAAGAUUUCAACAAAUCCAAAGAAUUAUCAACUUCAUUCAGCUUUUGAUGUUCCAAAAGAAUUAAGCCCUACUAAACUUACAAAAGGAUUUAAUACUAUUCUCGAAUUUGAAAAAAAAGAUAAAACUAUUACAGAACAGGAAAACACGCAACAGUAUGUGCAGGAUUAUACUAAAGCAAAAAAAGUUCAGGGGACUGAAAGAAACAUAUGUUUAGUGGACAAUACUGGAGACAAAAAAUAUGUUGGAGAGGACAGUAUCAUAGAUAAAAGUACUGUAGUCAAUAUCGAUGAAAAUGCAAGUGUUUUAGGGAAAAUUUACAUAGCUAAAAGUGCAGUUCAUAAUAUUAAAACAGUGGAAAGUGUAGCACAGCAAAGUAGCACAGAUACUAAUAUAAUUUGCAUCAAUAAACCAGAUGAAAGUAUUGUAGAAGAAAGUGCCAUUGCUAAAAAUACAGUUGACAAUGCUAAUGCUAAAGUGGUAUUGGUCAAUUCUGAAGAACAGGAAAGUGCUAUUGCUGAAACUAAAGUGGAAUUGGUUUGUACUGAAGCACAGAUAAGUACCAUAGCUGAAACUGUAAUGGUUAAUGGUAAACUUAAGGAAAGUGCCAUAGCUGAAACUGACGUGGACAUGGUCAAUACUGAACCAAAGGAAAUUUGCUUAGCUAAAACUGAAGUGGUCAAUACUGAAACAAAUUCAAGUACAAUAGAUGAAACUAAGAUAAAAGUGGAAAAUACUGAAACAAAUGAAUGUGCUUCAACUGAACCUGAAGUGGAAGUGUUCAGUACUGAAAUAAAGGAAUGUACAAACACUGCAACUAAAGUGAAGGUGAGAGAUACUGACGCAACUGAAUGUGCAAUAGCUGAAACUGAAGUGGAAGUGUUCAAUACUAAAGUGGUCAAUACUGAAAUAAAUGGAAGUGCAAUAGCUGAACCUGAACUAAAAGUGGAAAAUACUGAAACAAAUGAAUGUGCUUCAACUGAACCUGAAGUGGAAGUGUUCAAUACUGAAAUAAAGGAAUGUACAAUAUCUGAAACUGAAGUGAAAGUGGUCAAUACUGAAAUAAAGGAAUGUCCUACAACUGAAACUGAAGUGGAAGUGUUCAAUACAAAAGCAACUGAAUGUGCUUCAACUGAAUCUGAAGUGGAAGUGACAGAUAAUAAAACAAAGGAAAGUGCCCUUGUGUUAAAUUCAGUGAACGAUAUUACAGCAAAGGAAAGUGUAUUACAGGAUAGUGUCAUGAUGAAAAGUUCAGGGAAAUACAGUAAAUUAGAAGAAAAAGAAUUAAAGGAAUUUUCUUUUGUUGAAACUUUGAUGGAAGAUACUAAAACAGAAGAAAUUAUAGUGGAGAGAACUUGCAAAGACACUCCUAAAGCAGAUAAGACUAAUACACAAAAUACUAUGAGAAAUACAGUUUAUGAAAACGUUGCAGACAUGAAAGCAUAUGAAUAUGCAAUAGUAACAAAAUCCUCAAGUAAAGCAGUACUUAAAUCUGAUAAAUUGAAAACUCCUGAAGUGAAGACUGUAACCAACUUUCUGAAAAAUUCAAAUAUGGAGACUACAUUAGAAAAAGAAAAAGAGAAAACUUUGAAUCCAAAUACAGAUACUUGCGUCAGAAUGAAUGUAGAAAGUAUAAACCUGGCAUCAGGCCAGGGAAAUGAGUCAAUUUGUGUAAAUUCUGUUUCAACUCAGUUUACACAGGCUUCAGCAGAUUUGAUCACAAAUACAGGCGCAGAGGCCUCACACGUAAAUAGUCUUGAAUUAGAUAAGGAGGAGUGUGAAGAAAUUCUUCAUAAUAUCAACAAGAAUAUACAAGCUCUUCUACAUUCUCCUAUAUUCCAGACAGAAACCAAGUAUCAACAGUUGGUGAGACAAGUUCUUAACGUACUGGGAACAUCGGUUGAUGUUGUUGAGGUUGUGAUGACACUGAGAAAGAUGAAUCUGGAUAAAUUUACGAAAGAAAUCACAAACUUGGAGUCUCUUAUUAACAAAGAUUUUUCCCAAAGUUUAGCAGAAGCUGAUGACAAUGUUAUAGAUAUUAUUAAUAAAAAUAUAAAGAUGUUUUGUGAUGCACCAGGAUAUGAAAACAAUGAAACCCUGCAGAGAAAAGUAAGAACAGUUUUGAAUAUCCUAGUAGAAGCUGGAUCAGCAGAGGAUGUUUUAGAUAUGUUACAUCUGGAAGGUUUGCAAUAUUUUGCAGAGAACAAACCGAAGCAUUCUCAAACAGAAGAAAAUUCCAGAUCCAGAAGUAGGGGUCGGAGCAAAGAAGGGGUUCAUGUGACAUUUUUAUCUCCUGAGCCUAAAUCAAAAAUACAUUACAAUUCGAACUCUGUAAAUAAAAAGCAUCUAGAAAUGGGGGUUCAAAGCCCACCUCGUAUAGAACGUAACAAAGAGAGCAGAAAGGUGAAAAGGUUUACAAGAGUUAGCUCAGGCUCUAGAACCAGGCGAGGAACAUCAGAUGGGUCUGUGUUCGAUUCACUUUCAGAGGACUUGAAAGAACAAGCUGAAGAAUCUGAAUCAAAGCAAGACGAGUCGAAGAUUCAAAAUACGCUUGAGAGGAAAGUCCUCCUCGAUACAUCACCUAUUUCUCAUGCAGAACUAGAUAUUAAACAGAAAAAGUUUUCUCUUCAUCGAAGCUUUACAGAAGUGAUUAAAGACACUGAUGAAUAUAGAUCUGUGAAAAUGAAGAAAAAAUCAAUGAUUGAUGAUAAAAAUAGUAUUGUUUCGAAGAUAUUAAAGGAAAAAGCUAAGACUGAGAAUUUAAAUGAACAAAUUGAAGAUACAGAAAUUGCAGUUGAUGAUGUUAAUAUAGAAAACAGUGCGGCAUCGUUAGAAAUAUCUAAAGAGCCUCCUUGGCAAAAUAAUCCUAAAGAUAAUAAACACUUUGAAAAAAGAGAUAGAACUGAAAGUGUUUGUUCUGAAAACAUGCCUGACCUCUGCCCAAUUGAAAUAGAAGAAAAUCAGCAUAAUCUCACAAUAAUCCCUUCUAUUGAUCCAAAGCAUGAAUUAAAUAAUGAAGUACAAGUCCAAACACAUAAAAAUGUAAACCUAUUUGCUCUAACAAGUUUUGAUCAAGACGUGGAAUCGGAUGAUGACAUUUCAGAGGAUUCCAGAAGUAAUUCUGAAGGUUGCACUUCAAAUCCAAUAUUUCAGCGAUUCAACGAAACUAAAACGUUGGAAUCAAAAAUUACUGAAAAGCUUAACAGGUUAAUGGAGAUUUCUCUAUACGAGAUAGAUCAGGAAAGCAGUAAAAAUGAAUUUGUUAAAUUUGUCAUAAAUGAAGUUACUGCAUCUUUAAAUGUAAAAGGAGAGAACAAUAAUGACAGCUCCAGAACACUUAACAAGAUUCUUCAUCAUGUUUCUGAUGCUAGGGAGGGAGAGGAUAAGGAGACUGCAAAUGACAAUCUUGGAAAAGUUCAGGAGGUGCUUUUGCUUCCCGUUCCUGCUGAGGAAAUGAUCAGAAGAAUAACUAAAAUUGUUGCUCUUACUAAUACAGAAGACUAAACUCAACAGUCAUUUGUUUAAGGAUUGUGGCACCCCUGUGAUUCGCUGAUGUAAUUGUGUACUAACAAAUAUUUGAUUUUCUGUUCAAAUAAUGCAAAUAAAAUAGAAAAUAUUUA